UUAUUAAGAAUUUACGCCAGUGCAAAGUUUGCACCUUUGUUUUCUAUACUUGCAGUAAGGUUGUUAAUUUUCCCAAUCUUUUAUUGACCUUUACCAGUAUAUUUUGGGGCACAUAUUCAUAAACCGUCUCAGAGUAAUAUCGCUGAUCUAGGAUCAGUUUAGCCUUUUCAAAAGGGGAGACUUAGUCCUAGAUCAGCACUCCUAAGAUUCUUUAUGAAUACAGGCCCAUUAGCAAACUUUGAACUAGUGCAAUCUUGAGUAAAUCUGAUCCUAUAGUAUCUAUGGCAUAUGCUCAGAUUACUCAUUAGGAUUGCAUACUCAGUCUGUUUUGUUCCUGGUUGGCCAGGCAACAGGUCAGCAGGUGUCUGUUUCUAAAAGCAGGAUGAUGUAGGAGUGUUUGGUAUUUACUCUCUCUGAGUGGUUGGUGUCAGGCACACCUUUUUAAAUCUCACUAACAGGAUGUGGACACCACAAUCGAGUAGGAGUUGGAUCAUUUGGAUGGGGUUUUGAAUUUUUUUAAAGAAAUUCGACAUGAAAUACAACCAGGGGUCAUACUGGGAGAAAUAGUGGUAGGGGGCCAGUGAUAGAUGUGGCCCAGAAUGCAUUAAGUGCUGCUGCAACCAUAUCCCACUCCCAGAGAUAAGGUUAAGUGUUCAUGUAUAUUAAACUUACUAUAUCGGGAAACAUGAAUUGACAUUGUCGACAUACAUUGUGGUUGUCUUAGUUACACGCAUUGUGUGUAAACAGAGGAGAGGCAAGGCCCUGGGGACAUUACAGGGGGGAAACUGUGCAGUCAAGCAGGGUCACAAACCAGAGGAAAAAAACUCCAAGAAUUUCUCAGGGGUGUGGUCUCUGUGUCUCCCUGUCCUGUUGGCUGGUAGUGGUUGGUGGUGGGGCUGGGUUGUGGGGGUGUUGAACUCAAAGCAGCCUUUCAUUCCAGCUGGGCUUUGAGAGAUAAUUUUUUUCUUCUUUCAUGGCCAUACUGUACAUACUGGGCCAUACUGGGCUAUACCUCCUCUGGCCUUGGGCCAAUGGGAAUGGGAAUGUCUGUUUGGGCUGUCAGAAAGCACUCCGCUGGUUGACAUCACAGUAAUUUGAUAAGCCGUCUCUGACUGGACCUCCUCUAUUGGUUUGUUAGGUAUACCAGGGGCUAGGGGCGGAGAGGAAAGAGGUGGUUCUUGAAAAGGAAUGAAAGAGGGUCUUUGUCCUGAAAAUGUUUUCCUUUUUCACCCACUCCUCUGCUUCCUCUCUCCUCUCACCUUUGGGGUUUUUCUGGGGUGUGUGGCCAAAAAAUAUUUGUUGGGGGUGAGAGUAUAUAAAGGUCCUUCAGGAGUUGAGAUUCCUCACACUCAGUUUGAAAGGGUUACUGUCCAAAGGAAGACUGACCAGGAGAGUCCAGAGCUGACCAUGAACAGAUUAGUGCUCCUAUGUCUCUGCCUAUGCGCAGCAGUCUCACUAAUCAGUGGGAAGCCCAGCAGGAGAGCAGAGAAGCUCAGGAGGUCCAAACCCCUGGUAGCAACUGACUCAUCUGAACCGGAUGAUACUAAUGAUGCUGUUUUCCCCGGCCGCAGCGGGCAGUGCUCGGUGAAUGGGAUGUCCCUGUUUGAUGGGGCUAUGUGGUCGCCUCAGCCCUGCCUUGUGUGCCAGUGUCAGAUGGGAACUGUCAGCUGUCACCCUGUUCCCUGUGCCGGUUCAAACAACCAGCAGACAGUGGCUCCCAAAGCCAAGAAGCCCUCCCCUAAUGCAGAGGACAAAGAGGGGAUCCCGAAGUGGAAGAAGAGUUUCCAAAGGAGAGCAGAAAGUCAGAAGGAGGAGCAGCCUGUUACUCCAGCGAAAGUGAAGCAAGAAGAAGCAGUGAAGAAACAGGAAGUGGCAGUGAAGAAACAGGAAGUGGCAGUGAAGACAGAGGUUAGGAGGGCUGAUGUCCCUGUGGCCAAGAGGCGUGACCCGAAGAUAACCAAAGUCAGCCUUCCAUACCUUCCCUACGAUGACGAUGAUGACGAUCACGAUGACCACGACCACAGUGAGCAUGAUGAUGAUGACGACGAUGACGAUUACAUCAUCAGGGCCAUGGGAAAGCCCACCAUGCGGGCCAACAGGCACCCGGUUGUGGCACCGACAGGGAGACCAGUCACCAUGGUGACUGGCCGACUGGCUAAGACCACCACUAGGAAACCCGUGGUGAGGGCGCCGGGGCCAGGACAUCCUGUGGUCACGUUCCCCAGGAGACACAGCAUCAUGGAGUCUCUCCCUGCUCGCUGCCUGCUCUUGGAGUCUCUGAUCACCUGUGGCAGCACUGGCAUGGCCCACAUCCCCAUCCUCUCAGAUCAGGGUUUGUGUUCUAUUCUCUUAUCAGACAAUAAGAUCAGUAAGAUCCCUCACCAGGCACUGGCUGGGCUGCCCAACCUGGAGUGGCUGGACCUGAGCAAGAACAAGCUGGACGACUCCUCCAUCAGCCCUGACCUGUUCCGGACCCUGACCAAGCUGAGGAGGCUGAAUUUAGAUGGCAACAAUCUGACCAAAGUCCCCUCGUUUCUACCGCCAUCCCUGGUGGAGCUGAAGAUCAAUGACAACAAGAUCCUGGGCCUCACACCUAGUAGCUUUAAAGGUUUGUCCAAACUGCUGACACUGGAGCUUGAGGAUAACCACUUCCAUGAUGGGAAUGUGUCACCUUUGACCUUCCGGCCCCUGAAGAAACUCAUCUAUCUGCGACUGGAGGACAACAAGUUACGGGCCAUCCCCUCUGGGCUUCCUAUGACCCUGCAGACACUUCACCUGUCAGAUAACAGAAUAGAAGAGGUGCAUGAGAGGAUCCUUAACAAGACUGUCAACCUCAGGUUUCUGGACCUCAGUUAUAACAAGAUCCGGGAGGACCGCAUAGCCCCAAGGGCCUGGAUACACCUGUUAAAGUUGGAGUCGUUGGAUCUGUCGCACAAUAAGCUGGUGCAUGUUCCCUCCUUCCUCCCUGUGGGCCUUAAGCAGCUCCACCUGCACCACAACCAGAUUGAGCGGAUCCCUGGCUACGUGUUUGGCCACAUGAAACCGGGACUGGACCUCCUGCACCUGUCCCACAACAGGCUGGCCAACGACGGCAUUGAUAAUGCGUCCUUCCUGGGUCUGUACAACACUCUGACUGAACUCCUGCUGGACCACAACCAGCUUCGCUCCAUCCCCAGGGGGCUACUGAAGCUCAAGAGCCUGCAGCUCCUCCGCCUCAACCACAAUGUUAUCAGGUACGUUCCUCUGAACUUUCUGUGUGACACGCGCCUGAGCGACGACUCGCCCCUAGUCUCCGUUCACCUGGAGUACAACUUGAUUGACCGGCGCCUCAUCCCACCCACUGCCCUCUCCUGCAUCAAGACCUACCACAGCAUCAUACUAGGGCCACAGAGUCACGAGGAAGAUUACCACCAUGAAGAUUACUAGUAUCCCUCUUCCUCCCCUCCCUCCUCCUCCCUCACCCCUCUCUCCAACCCCCUGUCAGUUUGUCCUGGGUUUGACCUAGUGCCUCAUUACAUAAUUCCCUCUGACUCUGUCUCUGAUUGUCUUCUCUGAUGCGUUGUGAUUAGGUUAGUCAGACUUGUGAUACCCACACUGUAUGCAACAGGUGAACUUAGACUUCUAUCCUAAGUCUUACCAUAAGUCCAGGGCAAUGUUAAUGCAACCAGCCCUUUGUCAGUGGGCUUCAUUAUCACAAGUAAACAGACAGAUUAUGUGUUUGUCUUUGACCUGUUUCACAGAGUCACUCUGUAAGGCAGUGUUAGGUUUUACUUGUGACUUUAAUCUUGCUUGAUAGUAGUAUGUAUCAAAAGAAACAGAAUGUGCAGUUACCCAGGGUGAUCCAGGUAGUUACUUGAUAGUAGUGCCCCCUACUCUAGACUCACUGUUGUUUUUUUAAUGAAUUGAUGAACAACUGUUACAACUUUGUGACCAACUUGUGUAAUGAAACAUUUUGAAAAUAAAACAUGGAAAAUAA